GUGGAAUGACGAAGCAAAUAACAAAUAUAGCUCUAAGUAUUAUUUUAUUUUAUUUUAUUUAGAAAAAAAGAAUAAUUAAAAAAGGUGAAAGAAAAAAUAAUGUUGACCAAUGGCAAUGAGGGUUACAAAAGAGUAAAAAUAUGGCUUCAUUUGGUCCACCGUCGCGAAGUAAUAUUGGUUUGGUCAUAUGGUGCUGCCACGUCACAACUAAAUCCACUCUUCCGCCGGACAUUUUCCCCUUUUCACCUCAACCCACCACCCUGCAGGUCUCCCUUUUCAUGGCCAAACCCAAGGCUCCGAGGCAAACCCUAGAUUCUUACACUGUCAAACGCAUCAACAAAACCAUUAAAGCCGGCGAUUGCGUGCUUAUGAGGCCCUCUGAACCUUCGAAGCCGUCUUAUGUUGCUAAGAUUGAAAAGAUUGAGGCUGAUUCUCGUGGGGGCAAUGUGAAGGUCCAUGUUCGCUGGUAUUACCGGCCGGAGGAAUCAAUUGGUGGUCGGAGACAGUUCCAUGGCUCGAAGGAGCUCUUUCUUUCCGACCAUUUUGACGUUCAAAGCGCCGAUACCAUCGAGGGGAAGUGUACGGUCCAUACGUUUAAGAAUUAUACCAAGCUUGAUGCCGUUGGAAAUGAUGAUUAUUUUUGCCGUUUCGACUAUAAUUCCACUACUGGAGCUUUCAAUCCCGAUCGAGUGGCUGUGUAUUGCAAGUGUGAGAUGCCUUAUAAUCCCGAUGACCUAAUGGUUCAGUGCGAGAGCUGCAGUGAUUGGUUUCAUCCUGCUUGUAUAGAAAUGACUGCAGAAGAAGCUAAAAAGCUUGACCACUUCUACUGUGAAAGUUGUUCUUCAGAGGGUCAAAAGAAGCUGCAGAAUUCACAGUCUACAUCUAAAGUUGCAGAGACAAAGGUGGAUACAAAACGACGCCGGAGGUGACAAUAGUGUAAAUAAACAAAAUACGGUGACUUAGAGUGGUUAAAAACCAACCAGAGCUUCUAACUUUCUAAUGAGUUGGAACAAGUGCAUAGAUGUAGGAUAAUGUAAAUUGUAGCUCUAGUGUGUUCAACAUUCAUUGCAGCAGGUAGAGAGACUGGUUUGAAAUGUAUUUAAGUUAUUUUAUUUGAAAACGGAGCAAACCAAACCAAACCCCUCCUUUCUUCUAUGAAGGUUGUAGAUUUGUUUCAUUUCCUCAAAACUCCUAAACUUUUAAACUCUUUUUGAAUCCAUUUUUCUAAUUAUUCUUAGCUGAUUUGGUGAUGUAUAGGUAAAAUAUUUGUCAAGGACUGGAGGGUAGCAGGAAAGGGAUUUUUAUGUAAUUAUUUGGUUGCAAGUUGAUUGGACUGA